GAAGAAUUCCAGGCUCAACCGGGCCCCCGGAACCCUCUCCGCCCUCCCUCUCACCGGUUCCUUCCCAGUGUGGGUCAAGUCAUGGAGGCGGAAAACCGGUUUAGUGCGUUGACUGGCGGCGAGUGGAAGCCUUGGGAACUGCCGCCCUUCUGCAGAGCGCGGCGCAUAGGCUGUUCCGAGCAGCGACGCAGUUUCCGCGUUCACCUUACACUUGGUGGAAGGAAGAGGACCAACAGGUGAGAAGGGCGGAAAAGCAACAGUAUACUUCGCCCGUUCGGCGCGUCAACCCGCGUUGAGGACGUCGCCGCCAAGUCCAAGAAGGUGUCUCCCGCGCCGCAUUCAUCGAUCGUCGCUGCUGCAAACGCUCGCCGUACACUUUCUCGACUGGUUGCAGUGAAGGGCAUGUUUUCAAGAACGGCAGCGUCUUGAGCCCGACCGGAAGCUCAGUGCGUUAUGCUGGUCCGGCUCCUGCUCGUCGGUGCCUGUGCUGGUCAGUGAAUGCGUGUGAUUGUUUGCACCGCUGCUGGAUAUUGCCUGGUUGUCACCCCUCAGUGAAUUACUCGAUGGCAUAAAGAAGUGCCGAUUGAUAUGAGGUGAUGGUUCGAAUGAAAGGACGUAGCAGUAGGACAGCUUUGUAACGACAGCAUGACUGAAGAAACUACAUUUGUCCCACGUCUGAUAUGGAGAUGGUUGGCCAUAAUUUUGUUUAUAGGCAAGUGCCAUGGUCAGGCAAAUGCCCCUCCAGAAUUUCUAGUCGGUGGAAACAUGGAAAAGUUUUCAUUGCGUGAGGACACUCCAGUUGGUGCAUCCGUCUAUACACUGAGGGCCAUAGAUCCAGAACACACAAAAGUUUCCUACUAUAUCAGUGGAGGAACCUUUAGCGUAAAUAAAGAUACAGGGGUUGUGCGGCUUACAAGGCCACUGGACAGAGAAGAGGAAAGCACCUUUGACGUCAUUAUAAGCGUCACUGAUGAAAAGAUACAAGGCCAGAAGGCCAACACGGUUUCACUACAAAGGGAGAUAAACAUCCUUGACUACAAUGACAACCCUCCAGUGUUUGAAAAUGGGCCUUAUACAUUUCAUGUUGAUGAGGAUGCUCAAGUUGGAAGAACAAUUUACCGAAAUGUUAUUGUAACGGAUGCUGAUUUGGGAAUCAAUGCUGAUGUUGAGGUUUCAUGCCAGGAACACCUGACACCAGUGACAUGUAAUCUAUUUGGUUUGAACCAAGUUCGUCUUGGCAUGGGACGAUUCCUUCAAGAAAUAAUUUUGAAGAAACCCCUUGAUUAUGAAGAACAGACAACCUAUGUUAUGAGUCUACUUGCAAAUGACCUUGCAAUGGAAAAUCGAAUGAAUUCAACAGCUGACGUUAUUAUCAAAGUGAAUGAUGUCCAGGACCAGCCACCAGUGUUUGUGGCAGAUUCAUACUCUGUAACUGUAGCUGAAAAUAGCCCCGAGGGCACAUCAGUUCUCUUGGCCUCGGCCCAUGAUGCGGAUGCUGGAUUUAGGAGGCUUUUGUCUUUCAAGUUGGUUAAUGAUACCAAGGGGUACUUCAGGUUAGGGAAAGUGGACGUUGAUGACAAUGGCAUUCAUCACGUUGUGGUGGAGACUUCUAAUGUGACAAUCGACCGUGAAGAUGCCGACAUUGAGAAAAGUGGUGGACUCUACAGCUUUCAGUUGCAGGCAGUUGAGAUGGUUGAUGGUGUUCCAAAGGGUGAAAUGGCCAUGUCGGAUGUCAACAUUGUCAUCACAGAUACUGAUGAUCAUGUACCUGAGUUCAACAGCCACAACUUCAGUGUCAUCAUAUCUGAGGACACACCAGAGAGCUCUGCCAUCCCAGGCCUUGACAUGGUUGUCAAUGAUAAUGAUGUUGGUGAAAAUGCAAGAUUUGGCCUGACCCUGCGAAAUGUCAACAACUCCAAUGGAGUCUUCUCUGUGUACCCACCAUCAGCAGUCGGUCGCACUCCUGUGCUCAUCAAAGUUGCUGAUGCUAGCCGGCUUGAUUAUGAAGAUGAAAAUGCCCGCAUGUUUGUGUUUGAGGUUGUUGCAUCACAGCAUGGAUUUGAAGUUGCAAGUGCCACUGUUACUGUAGCUCUGUCUGAUGCCAAUGAUAAUGGGCCCAUGUUUGAGAAUGAGCAAUACCUGAUACAGGUACCUGAGAGUGCAAGGAAUGGAAUGACCAUUUUCUCUCUUGAGGCACAUGAUGCUGACAGUGGACCAUUUGGGAAACUUUCAUACUCUAUGAAAGGCUACGGAUCAGAAAAGUUCAUGGUAGAAAAAGAUACUGGCCGUAUCAAGAUUGCCUCAUGCAAAAAUGGCUGCCUUGAUUAUGAGAGUGUUCCAAACUACUCCUUCACAUAUGAGGCACAAGAUGGAGGUGGCAAGGUGUCCUCUGUGAACCUGUUUAUACAAGUUGUGGACGUAAAUGACAAUGCACCCAAGUUCACCAAGGACAGCUAUCUUGUAGACUUGGUGGAGGAUGCUACUGAGUUUGCCUCGCCUGUCUUUGUUAAGGCCACAGAUGCUGAUGGACCUAAUCAAGGCAAUGGUCGUGUGCAGUACAUGAUCAAAGCCACUAACCUCACUCACCCAGAAGUGAUUUCUAUUGAUGCUGAGACUGGUGAGCUCUCACUCUUGGGAAGCCUGAACAUCACUGCAGCUCCAUAUGGUGCCACACGAUUUGAGGUUAUCAUUCAGGCCACCGACUUUGGUGAACCACGACUUGCAUCAGAAAUUCCGCUCAUUAUUCGGCUCAAGAGGAAAAAUGAAGGUGCCCCUUACUUUUUGAAUGCUCCUUACAAAGCUAGUGUCAACGAAAAUGCUAAGCCAGGAACUACUGUUAUCCAGUUAGUAGCCACUGACCCUGAUGGCCCAGAUGGCAACAUCAGCUACUACAUUGAUUCUGGUGCCAGGGACAACUUUGUUCUAAACAAACUGACAGGGAUCCUCGGUACAUCAUUGAAUGCAAACUUAGACAGGGAGUUGAAUGGAGACUCGUACCACAUUGUGGUGUAUGCUGUUGAUGGAGGUGUGGUACCACAGAAAGCCUUUACCACAGUGACAGUCUCUGUGCAAGAUGUGAACAACAAGCCACCUGUUUUUUCAAAGGACAGUUACGUGCAUUGGGUUACUGAAAGUCUACCAGUUGGACGUGAGGUCUUGAAUGUGACUGCCGUUGAUCCUGAUGUUGGGGCCAAGGUACGGUAUGACAUUGAAGAACCUAUCAUAGCAAGGGACAAGACUGGUUCAUUAGUCACUUCAACCAUCACAUAUAACUAUAAGAAUGCUUUUCGCAUCAAUGGAGUGACUGGCCAAAUUACAGUAAACAGCCCUUUGGAUUACAAUGCAGCUUCAGUAAUUACAUUUAAUGUGGCUGCUGUUGAUCAAAAUGGUGCCAUUCAGCCCCAGAAAACUACAGUGGAAGUCACCAUAUACAUUCAAGCACACAGUGAGAGCAAUCCAAUUUUUGCCCCUCCGUGGACUCCUGCAAACCCAAAAAUUGAGAUCACUGUUCCCGAAGAAUCUACAGUUGGCUCCACUAUAUUCACGGUCACAGCUCGUGAUCCCCUCACCCAUGCUGCUGUCACCAAUUUUGCAAAGAUCCCGGAGUCCGACCAAGGAAGCUUCUUUUCGGUCAGUCCAAUAUCUGGUGCGGUGACGCUCAACCAGAGGCUUGAUUAUGAGGAGUUGCCUGAAAAGGUGUUGGCAUUUGAUGUGAAGGCCAUCAUUGGUCAGGACAAAAACAACCAAAAGUCAUCAAUUGCUACAGUGAUCAUUAAUGUUCAGGACAUUAAUGACAACAGUCCAGUUUUCUCACAAAAUUCAUACGUAACAAUGGUAUCAGAAGCCACACGCUACCCUCAUACUAUCCUGCUUAUCACUGCAACUGACAAGGAUACACAACAAGGGUAUGGAGUUGUCCAAUAUUUCAUCUCUGGAGAAGGAUCAGAUGUGUUCAGCAUCAAUGAGACGACAGGUGCCCUUGGAAUCCAGGAAGGUGCAGUUCUUGACAGGGAGAGGCAGCCACUGUACAACCUGCAGGUGACUGCUGUUGACAACCCAGGGGCACCCUCAAACCAGCGCAGGACAUCAGUUCUGGUGGUGAUUAAGAUCCAAGAUGAGAAUGACAAUGCACCAGAGUUCAGUCAGUCUGGCUACACAGCUGUUGUGCCAGAAAAUGUUCCAACAGGCUUCAGUAUUCUGACUGUGAGAGCAAGUGACAAAGACACUGGUUCCAAUGCGGAAGUCAGUUAUUCCUUUGUGGAUGAGCCUGAAGUGGGAGCCAUCACACUUUUCGCAAUCAAUGACAAGACAGGUGUCAUUACAGUGAUACAGCCGCUCUCUGGGAGGGGACGGUCAGAACCAUACUUCUUGACAGUGCGAGCCCAGGACGCUGGCUCUCCAUCACUUUACACAGAUGUCAAAAUACUCAUCAUUAUAGGGGAUGUGUCCUCCAAUGAUGGCAUACCACGUUUUAUUCGACCACGGAUGGGUGAAGUCGCCUAUGUGCAUGAGAAUGUUACCAUUGGAGCUUCAGUUUUCCAAGUUCAGGCUGUAGACCCAGACAGCGCAUUGUCUUCAAAUGGCCAGGUGGCAUACAAGUUUCUUGACAAACACAGUGCUGUUGGUGAAGACUUAGAAUUUGAAAUAGACCCUGCAUCUGGCCUCGUGAGCACCACUGCUGUCUUGGAUCGAGAGAAGCGGGACAAUUACACGCUAGUGGUCGUGGCUUAUGACAUGGGAGUUCCUCCACAAGAGGCACACCAGAUCCUUAGAGUUGUGGUACUUGACGUUGAUGACAACGAGCCUGAGUUUGAAAGGUCACGGGAUGCUGAACCUGUUGUGAUGAAGAUAAAGGAGGAAGUUCCCAUUGGUAGUAUUAUUGGAAAAGUGAAAGCCUUUGACGCAGACAUUGGGACAAAUGCCUUUAUUGACUACUACAUCGUAGGUGGUAACAUGGACAACAUCUUCACCAUUCAGCGCACAGGCAACAAUGAGGGCGAGAUAUUGACUAAGAAGAGGGUUGAUCGUGAGCAAAAAGACCGGUACCUCCUUACAGUGCAGGUUAGCAUGCCCUCAAAGCGACUUGAAGAAGUUGACGCUACUUACAAUCCCGAUGACAAGACCCAGCUCAUGGUUGAUGUAAGGGUUGAAGACAUUGAUGAUAACUCACCUUCAUUUGAAAAGCCUUCCUAUGUGCUCGGUAUAAGAAUUAAUUCUGAGAUUAACAGUGAGCUAAUCACACUGAAAGCAAAGGACCCAGACAGUUCAUCAAACAUGAUCAUGUACUCUAUCCGAAACGUUACGUACUACAGACCGUCAUCGAAAGAAUCAAUGCCUGUGAUGGGUCAGUUUGAGCUUGAUGCUCACAAAGGCACCCUUAGAAACAUUCGAAGCUUGGGGAAAUACAGAGAUGGAUAUUUUGACAUAACCAUUGAGUGCCAAAGUGCCCCUGGGCCCCAGAAUACUGCUGUCACACAUGUGCGGGUUCACAUACUUCAUGAUUCUGACCUGAUGAAGUUUAUCUUCUAUAAACAGCCACAAGAAAUUAGGAAAGUCAUUCCACAGUUUGAAAAGGAUUUAAACCACGCUCUUGCCAGUGCUGUGACUGCCAACAUAUAUGACACUCAGUAUUCAACGCGAGAAGAUGGAAGCCUGGACUUUGAAAGCGCCAGCUCUUGCUUCCAAUUGCUUGAAAAUGGGCUAGUGGUAAGCCCUGAUGUUGUAGCUAAAAUGUUGGACAUGUCAGCAUCACAGAAGGUUCAGGCACUCUACCACAACUACAGCAUUGUGGGAAUCGAGAAAUGUACACCGGGAAGAAACCCCUACCAGAUGAAGUGGACUGAAAUAUGUGUCCUGAUUGUAGCCUGUCUCAUUGCUGUGAUGGGCUUCAUCUUAACUGUGAUACUCUGCUUUGUUCGCGCCAACUACAAGACUAACCUCAAGAGAAAACUUAAACAGCGUGGUCCUAGACGACUUUGUGAACAGACUCCAGCAGUGUCUAUGAUAUCUCUCCCAAGCCAUCAGCGUAUCUAUGAGUGGCAGGAAUCUAACCGGGCUCCUGCACUAGAUGCUAUGUCAUUCAGAAGUUACCCGACAAUGAGGUGAAAAUGUUCCCUCUCAGUGUGUGCCUUACUAAGGUUUUGAUUGCAUCUGAUAUGCUGCAUCUCAAAAAUGAUAAUUCAGAACCUGCCAAUGCAUUUGUUGCAAAGUGACCACAUAUGCUUUCACUACAGUGUGAUCUUGGGCUGCAUUGAAAACUAAGGCUGCACAUAGUUUCCAAAUAUGAUGUGUUGAGCAUAAUUUGGCUUUUUUGCCUUCUCAAAGCCACACAUUUAACAGUGCUGAAUGGUUCUUGCACAUGUAUGCUUACAGAAAACUGUACUAGAAAUUGUGGGCUGUGCUUGUUUGGUUUUAUGCGCAAGGAGCAGGCGAUGAUGCCAUGAUUACCUUUAUUGGUUUUAUGCCAUUUUCUGCUGUCAAAUCUUCUGCCUCUUGCAUGCAUCGCUGGCUCAUAUGUUUGGCAGCAUGCAUGUCAUUGCUUAAUGUCAAUACCCUAUAUCUCUCCUCCAGGAGUGCAGUUAUAAGAAGCUUUACCUGGGCAUUUCAUUUAGCUGUAACACAUAUUGUGCAUUGUCCAACCUGUAUAAUUUAAUGCAACUAAGAAUCUUGUGGUUGUGCUUUUCUGUGUAGAUGAGCUUGAGCUAAAUGUAGCAAAAGUACAGUCAGUGUCAUAAUGCUGAGUUUUUUUUUUUUUUUACUGGAACUGGUAUAAAACACAGUACUUAAAAUGCAUUUAACCCUUACCAAAGGUGAAAAAACCAAGUGUUUUGUGGUAAAUUAAUGUUAUUGAACUUGGGCUACUACUGUUGGAAAAAAAAAAAGGCACCACAGUAGGGUGUUGUCUGCCCUUUGAGUCUAUUCAUGGUAUUUUAAUUUAUCCCUUGGAAAGCAUACUUGGUGCCUACUUUAUAUGCAUACCACUUUGUUGUUAUUGGGACCAGCUUUGUACAAGUGAGAUUAGCUUGCAGUACUUCAGUAGCAGUAUGAUGUCCUGUUGCUACAUUGAGAUGUUGUGAUACCACUGAUUACGAUGUCUUAUAUUUACACCAUGUUGACACCGAGUAUAGAGAAAGAAAAGAAAGAGCACAGGAUCAAAUGCCAUUGUUUUGCUUCCGCAGGGUUGAUAAGUGCAGAUCGACACAUCAAUUGCAUCAUCACCAGUGGAGACAUUUAUAAAUGUGCUUCUGCUUAAAUUCCUUCCUGAUUGGUAUUAAUCAAGUUAUACACAAGGAUGGUGCACCAUGGCAGGUUUUGUAAAGUGUCAGCUAUUAUGGGAGUGCUUGCCUACUUAACCAAUACAAACCAAAGUAUGCUGUGGCAAGGCUUACCGAAAAUUGUAAAAAAAAAAAAAAAUUCUGUGCAAUGUGAACUCUAAAUGUUCAUGGUGACUUGAUAUUGUUCAAAGUCUAGUGCCAGACGCCACCAUGAAAUUUUGCCUCAAAGCAGUGAGCAGUUUUGGCAAGAUGAACAUUUAUAUUUGUAUCCAUUAAUGGUGCAAUGAACACAGUGUCACAAUUGUGAGACAUGAAUAAUCUGUUUUGUGAACUGCACAAAGGCACUUUUGCCAGGCAAUCAUUGCUCUUUUUUUUAUGUAUGUGUGUGUACUUUUGGAGGUUUUCGUUCUUGCAGAGUUCACUUGUGAUCAGCACAAACCCAUCACACAGGCAAGUAUUGAUGCUGCAGACUUGUGAGAAUGUGAUUUGAUAUGUAUCAGUACAUCUGCAAACAAUGCCCUAAAAUGGACAUUGAAAGAUGGUAUUAUGUUCUCGUUUAACAUUUAAUCCAGCCUUUUCUAUUAUGCCUGAUAUUUUUAUGUAAAAUAUAAAAAUUGACACAAGGCUUCAUGUCAAGCCACAGAGCCUUCACUUAGCUUACCACAUAGGUAAACUUUACUGCUGUCAACAGUUUUGGGAUGGCAAGAGAAGUGUCAAAAGUUUCCCAAGUGAAUGGAAUUUAAAAUGAUGGUGUGACUGAGCCAUUGCAUGUCAUUGGAGGCGACAGCUUUGCUGAGUGUUGUAUGUUUUAUGCCAUCAUAUUGUGCUUGUUUUGGUAUGUUUGUGAAUUAUUUAUAUGAAAAUGAAGCUGUAAAAGGACCUGUCAUAAGAAGACUUUACUUGCUGUUAAUUGUGCAGGCCUGAUGGCUUUAAUGACCUUUGGUAACAUAGAGUUGUACAAUGUUGAAAAUGGCAGAAGCUUGUUGUUGGACAUUCAUGAAAAAAAAAAAAAAAAAGAGUAAGAAAUACAAGGUAUCAAAGACAUUUUUGCUUUCAUACGAGUAAGACAACCUGUGAUCUUUUUUUUUUUUUUUUUCUUACUCGCCCACUUGCAUGAUUGACCCCCACCUCAUAUGCAAUGAACAGUAUUCAUGUUCCUAUUUUAACUGCUACCACCACUCGUGUUGAAACCUUAAUGUUACACCUGAGCUCACAUACUGUAUAAAAAGUACUGCUGGCAAGGUAUAGAGAAGUACCUUUUUAUUCUAGCUAACCACCAUUAGUGGUAGUACUUUCACACAAUUUAUUAAUAGGUCUUAGGUCUUGUGGCAGUGGGUAACUAUUUGAUUGCUAAGCAUUCAUAAUGUAAGGAACCACUUUCAGAAACUUCUUGUGAAUCUAAUACUACAGAACUAUGCUCUCCUUAUCAGAUUCAGUAUUAGGGGUCAAAUAUUGUAAUGUAUUUAAAGGACAUAUUACACCCAAAUAACUAACAUUUAAUGUUGGGCAUAAUUUCAUAGAACGAUUGAAGUUUGUCAGAUAUUUAUGAAGUUGUUUGCUUCAACUUUAAGUGGCAUGUCUUGUUCCACAUAAACUGCUGCUUCUGUGAGAAGCUGAGACUUCAAAGGUUUUGUAGGCAAGAUCUGCGUUGUAUGUUUCUAUUUGUUGUGAAACUUCUUGGUGAUACAUUUCAAUCUCUUCAGAACCUUUUGCAUGGGUUCUGGCAUCAAAUUCUUUCCUUACCCUUUUUCUUUGAAUUAAUUAUGUUGAGAAUGCCUAUUAAACCACUUUCCAUGCCACUAAGCUUGGGUGCUGCAAAAAGCUUUGCACAUAAUUAAUUUCAAUUUCAGAUGCAAAGACUAGCUAAAAUCAAUAUUGUAGCUGACUAGCUUCAGUUGUGUAAAAUAUUAUGUCACACGGGUGGUCACCCAUUGCUUCUGUUGGGGCGGGGGGUGGGUGCCUGCACAUUCGACAGCAUGUUUUGCAGCGAAGCUGUUAAGGGGAGUUUGUAAUGGUUUUCGUGCAGCAGCAUGCGACACUGUGGUCGAUAUCAAAUGUAAACGCAACACAACCUGUGUCGGAGCCCCAAAGUUGGUUUGACACCUAAAGAUCAACGAUUAUAAACAUAAAGUUACCUUGUGAAUAUCUUAUUCAAAUAGACAAGAACUUAAUUAUAUGCAUGGUUUUUUAUCACAGCAUUUCAUUAGUUCCUGUGGAAAUUAGGUUUCCUUUCCAUUUGCUGUUGCUGAGGAUCUCAUAAGCAGUAUUCUCUGCCAAAAAAUAAACAAUGUUAUCUUCUCUUUUCUUAACACUUAACCAUAGAGCAAGAGUCCAGAUGAGAAACAUUUUAUGGCAUUACCAGGUAAUGUCCUAAAUAUUCUGAGCAUGAGAACCUGUAUCAUGUCAACAUCAUCUGGUGUAAAUGGUGCUGGCACAUCAUGAUCUUGUGUCUUGUGUUGCAAGCUACCCGUUUCUAUGAUUCGUGCUUAAUGUUUUUUUUGUACCUUUAUUUUAUGUGACAUCAUUCGGUCACCCACUCGUGCUGGCACCAUUGGGGACAGUUUCUCCUGCCUAUUCUUGCUCCACCUAAUGGACUAAUACGAGUUACAUAGAUUGUUCAAUAGUUUCAUGCAUGUCCAGUAUAAGUUUACACAGGUUUCAGUUUCAUGAACAUUUUUAUUGGAACUUGUGGAGUUGCAUCUUACAAGUUUGUAAACAUGUAGUGUGAUGUUCUCCAAUGUACAGGACCCUGAUGUUGGUGGGGACUUUUUCUCAAAAUAUUAAAUUUAAGUCACACUUUGAGUGCCUGCUGUCGUAAGUGAGCCUCAGAACUGUACAUGAAUGAGAGCAGCUGUUACAACCCAGCAUGAUCAACUGUCGUCUUAUGUAAACGCAUAGAAAUAUUUCCUGGUUGUGGUAGCUGUGUCCCAUAUUUUAAUUUACAGCUUCGAUAUUCAAACAUUAUUAUACAGCAUGCUGUUUCUAUGCUUAAUAUUCUGCUUGCUUCAUAGACAGGUUUGCAUGUAUGCUUGUGGCCCUGGAGGUACUGUGUGGACAAAUGUGCAUUUGCACAAAGAAGCCAUUGGCACUGUAUGCAAUACAAAGGGCUACAGACACAUUUAGAAUACUAUGCCAGCCUCUAUGAUUGUUAUGAAACAAAGUUAGUGUUUUUGUGAACUUGGAAGUGAAAAAAUGCAGACAGUUUGGGCAUGCAUAUUUGUUUGCAUUGCAACUGAAUCUUGAGGAGGGAAUGAAAUUAUGGCAGGCCAAAACUCUCUGAAUGUCAAUUAUAGCUGAGAGCAUUCACCCUUAAGUUGUUACGAGAACAGGCAUGUAGCUUUGCAGACCUCAGUAGGUGGCUUUGCUGUUGUCAUUCACAUGUGCAAAACUUGCCGUGAAGCAAGAAGUGGAUGGACAAGAUUAUCAGGAUAUAAUAUGUUCAUGGCAAUUUACAAUGUAAUGGUGUCCAUGGACCAGUUUUUCCUCGAGUAGUAAUUAUCAAUCUAGAAUUCUUUAGUGUAACCCCUUUGCUCUCUCAAUUCUCAUAGUUGCCUAGUUCCAAAACCAGAAGAGAAAAGUUCUCUUAUGUGUGCAUGUGGGCACAAAUGCGUGUUUGCUUGAAGUCAAUUCUUUGUUCUUUUAUAUAGUCACAGGCAUAGUGCUGUGGUUGGCUGUUGUUUCUGCCUCCUCCUUUUCAAAGGACCAUUCUGUCUUUGGGACAUAUUGCUUUUAUGCGUGCAUAUUGUAAAUAUGUAAAAAGGGAUUCGUGCUUGUAUGUGUGUCUUGUUUAUUAAUUACUUGCCAUCAGACAGUGUGUGCCUCUAACAGCUGUGCACAGAAUUGCCACAUUGUAGAUGUCUUCACGUUACUUAAAUGCGUGAUUCAGUAUUUAUUUUCUAAUAAUGCACAUCUCUUAAGCAGCUAUGUGUGAUGAGCAAUAUAUCUCAAUCAUAGCAAUGUGAUGCAAACAAGUGCCUUAACUGUAAUCAAAACGUACUCAACACUGAGCUGCUUUGAGCUGCUUCGCUAUGUGUAUGCUUUACAGACAUUGGUAGUGUAUGUAUUGUUAUGUGUACUAGUUUCUGCUCUCAGUAUUUUUUUUUCUGGUGUCUGGAUUCCUGGCAUUGUACCACUAUGUAAUAAAUGUGACUGUAUAGUUUUAGCCAGGGUGAAUUCAGGAAUUAAAUGCUACAUUUUCCAUUUAUUAUGACUGCAUUAGUUUGUUACUAUGUGUUAUCAAUGCUUGAGCUUUUGUACGUGCCACAAAUACAUUUCAAUACUCUUUUUCGUUCUUGCAAUCGUAAAGACUGAACAUUUUCUUGUGUUGCAGUGAUGUCAUUUGUUGUGUUGUGCACACUUCUCACAGAACUCUGAAUAAAACACAGCACUGAUUA